ACUUGGUAUCACCCAUUUACAGCCUUAAUUGCUGUUUUUCUUUCUAUUUUCCUCUUUUCCUCUCUUCGGCCACUGUUAUUCUUGAUCUAAACAGAUCUUUUUCUUGAUCUUCUCAUCAUCUUUAAUCUCCAACAGCCAUGACAGAAAUCACAGACAGCACCAACACCUCUAAGAUGCAGAAUGUUGAAGCAAAUUCUGCUCCAUCUUUAGGAGAUUUACAGAACCUGUAGGUGGCAUAUAGAUUGAAUGGAAAGAAUUACCUGAAAUGGUCGCAGGUAGUCCGAACGUUCUUGAAAGGGAAAGGCAAAUUGAGUCGCUUGGUACGGGACCUAAAGCAAGUGAUCCCGGAUUUGAUGCUUGGGAUGAGGUAGACUCUAUGGUGAUGUCCUGGCUAUGGAACUCAAUGCUCCCGGAGAUCAGUGACACAUGUAUGUUCCUAACCACAGUGAAGGAGAUAUGGGAUACUGUUGGAUAGACUUAUUCUAAGGUUCGUGAUGCUGCUCCGAUUUAUGAGAUCAAGAUCAAGAUUUCAGCCACCAAGCAGGAAGAACGUACUGUCACAGAAUAUGCCAACCUCUUGACGAAUCUGUGGCAAGAAAUGGAUCAUUAUCAAUGCAUUAAACUGAAAUGUAGUGAUGAUGCAGCCAUGGUGAAAAGACUUGUAGAGAAAAAUAGGAUUUAUGAUUUUCUUGCAGGUCUAAAUAUGGAGUUUGAUCCGGUCAGAGUACAAGUUCUUGGAAAGGACGAUUUACCCUCAUUAAAUGAGACUAUUGCGAUAAUCCGAGCAGAAGAAGGACGGAGAGGAGUAAUGGUGGAACCUCAGGCUGUUGAGGAAUCGGCUAUGGUCUCAAAAGGGGCAGGUUUUUAAAAAUCCCACCCCUAACCAACCGACUAUGAGCAUGAAUGAGGGACCAACCCUAUCUAAAACCACAAGCAAGGAUGCCUUAUGGUGUACAUACUGUAAAAAGCCUCGCCACACGAGAGAGCAUUGCUGGAAGCUUCAUGGAAAGCCGCAAUUGCCCAACAAAAAUUGGACCAUGAAGAAUGAACAGCAAAGGGGAUAGGCUCAUAUGACUUACACACAGCCCGGAAAGGAGGACAUGCCACAAGAGCAAGGAGAAUUCAAUAAAAGUGAGAUGGAGAAGCUGAGGAAUUUGUUGGGGUCCUUGGAAAAGCCUACUACUAUAGGUGCUUGUUCCGUAGCAUUCUCAGGUAAGGAUCCUUCCCCUUAUGUCCUUAGUGUCUCAAGCAUAACCUCUUUUUCAGGUUCCUGGGUCAUUGAUUCAGGGGCCACAGACCAUAUGACUCAUUCAUCACAUAAAUUCAUCUCUUACAAUCCAUGUCCUGGCAAUAAGAAAAUAGCCACAGCCGAUGGUACAUUAAUAACAGUUGCUGGCCGAGGAAGUGUUUUAAUAAACCAGACUUUGAAACUUGACGUGUUCUUCAUGUUCCCAAACUGUCCACUAACCUCUUGUCCAUACAUAAGCUCACAAAAGAUUUGAAUUGUAGCAUUACUUUCUUUGCCUCACAUUGUGUAUUUCAGGACCAGGAAACUGGGAAGAUGAUUGGACGUGCUAGGGAGGAAGAUGGACUUUACUAUCUUGAAGAAUCAAGUGGGCAAAAUAGACCUAAGAAUAAUUUAUCUUUAUUAUUGCUUUCUGAGUUUUCUUUUUCAAAUAAAGACAAGAUUUGGCUUUAUCAUCUUCGUCUAGGACAUCCUUCAUUUGGCAUUCUUAAAAGUAUGUUUCCAUUGUUAUUUAAAGGGAUUGAUGAAAAAUUUCUUCAUUGUGAUAUUUGUGAACUUGCAAAGCACAAACGUGCUUCUUUUCCUAUAAGCAAUAAAAUAACAUCUGUUCCUUUUUCACUCAUCCAUAGUGAUAUCUGGGGGCCUUCUACUGUUCCUAAUAUAUCUGGGGCUUGUUAGUUUGUUUCAUUCAUUGAUGAUUGUACCCGUGUGUCAUAGAUUUUUCUUCUAAAGAAUAAGUCUGAUUUGAGUUUAGUGUUUCCUACUUUCCACAGUAUGGUAAAAAAUCAAUUUGGGGUUGGGAUCAAAAAAUUCAGAUCUGAUAAUGCUAAGGAUUUCUUCAAUCAAGUUUUAUCACGAAUAAUCUAUGAGUCAUCCUGUGUUAACACCCCCCAACAAAAUGAGGUGGCGGAAAGAAAAAAUGGCCACUUGUUAGCCACUACCCGAGCCUUCCUAUUUCAGAAAAAAUUAUUGGGGGGAAGGUGUUCUAACUGCUGCUCAUCUCAUAAAUAGGUUGCCCUCUCGAGUCCUUGGUUUCAAAAGUCCCAUGCAAGUUCUGUCCAAACAUUUUCCCAACUUCAACACUACAAAUAAUCUUCUUCCAAAAAUCUUUGGUUGUGUGUCCUUUGUCCGUAUCCACUCUCAUAACAGGGGAAAGUUAGAUCCACGGGCACUUAAGUGUGUUUUUGUAGGAUACUCAUCUACUCAAAAAGGAUACAAGUGUUAUCAUCCUCCAACUCGCAAAUUCUAUGUGCCAGCAGAUGUAACAUUUGUUGAAAGAGAGCUAUUUUACACAGCCUUAUCUUCAGGGGGAGACAACAUUUAUGGAAGAUAAGGACAAGGACCUAUUUUUACUGGAACUUAAUUCUCACUCUUCUUCUUCUCCUAUUCCUUCUCCGGUCCCUCAAAAUUCUACAAACUCCGUCUCCGUCCCUGUUCUUAUUGAACUCGAGCCACCUUGUACUCCUAAAUCACAAACUUUGGCAAAAGAUAAUCAGGUUCUAAGUUCUACUCGCCCACUGCUGAUUUAUUCAAGGAAGAAGGUACCCAUUAUUCAAUCUAUGCAAAUCCAAGAUUCUGAACUAGCCGCUGGUAAUGAGGAUGCAACUGGAUCUACAUCCACCUCAACUGAACAGGACCAACAGGCAAAUAAACAUUUAAAACUAGGGCACUCUGUCAAGGCACAACCAAUUUCACAUAAUUAUUUUGAUGGUGCUUCAAAAGGAAAUCCCGGAAAAGCUGGUGCUGGAGCAAUUCUUCGAACUGAAGAUGGAACUGUGAUUUCUCGGCUCCGUGAAGGUUUGGGUGUCGUGACCAAUAAUGUUGCAGAAUAUCGAGCAUUGAUAUUAGGAAUGAAAUAUGCUCUUAAGAAAGGAUUUAAGCAAAUUCGUGUGCAAGGUGACUCUAAUCUUGUCUGUAUGCAGGUACAGGAUCUUUGGCAAACUAAGAACCAAAAUAUGGCUAACUUGUGUAAAGAGGCAAAAGGCCUGAAGGACAUGUUUCUAUCAUUCAAGAUCAGCCAUGUUAGAAGGGAGUUCAAUUCUGAUGCCGAUGCUCAAGCAAAUUUAGCUGUUGAUCUUCCAGUUGGCAAGGUUUGUGACGAGCCUGGCGAACUUUGUUAAUUCUGAUCUUCAAGUAUCUGGUGGCCUCUAGGUGUUCAUGUGUGCAUGGAGGAUUCAAAAAAAAAAAAAGAACUAUAGAAAUGCAUUUUGCUGAAGAUGGCUUGGGAGGAGCUGUAAAGCGCCCCUAAACUUUCCUCUUAUAUAUUAUAUGAAGUGCUCUCCUCUGCUUCUUGAAUGAUUAUGGAUGUACUUAUGGGACGUUGUUAGCACGGGGCAUAGUUUUUCUGAUGGUGAUGCCAUAUGGACUAGCAGCUACGGUUGCAUGCAGCUCCGUGAGCAUUUUCUUUUGGAAUUGGGAGCUUCACAACCGAAGUAGCACUGGUUGGCACGUCUCCCGUCAAGUUACUACCAUUCCAUUAGACAGCAAUUGUAUGCAGUAUGUCUGAUUGUUGACUGCAUGACUCCCAACACUUUGUAAUUUCUCUUAAGGUGGAUGGUUGACACCAGGCUUUGAGCAAAAUCUAAUGGUCUUCUGUUUAAAGUUAUUUUUGCCUUUUUUAAAUUAUUACUGGUGUAGUCCGGCAUAUGACAAGGACGAAUGCUGGGUAGAUAAUUAGCUUCAAAUUAAUUUAAAUAUAAUCUCUAAAAUUAUAUAAGAA